AUGCCGUUUACAUCUAAAUUUAAGACGCUGCAAACUCAGCGCGGGAAGGGGUUCCAAGUGGUGGCCCGUCUCCGUUCGGAAUCGCAAGCUUUCCCCUCCACAAAUCAAGCAACCAUUCAUCAUGUCCGCCCCCCAACCAUAACCCCCAACUCCGACCCCACAUUCCGCAACUACAGCACUGAACAAGCCAAAAUCUACGCGGCGCACCGUCCCUCCUACCCCUCCAAACUAUACGAAACAAUCAUCAACCAUCACGAAAAAACGGGUGGACAAUUCCAUUUAGUACUUGAUCUUGGGUGUGGUCCCGGUAAUGCUACUCGUGAUAUCGCGACAUAUUUCGAGGAUGCGAUAGGGUGUGAUGCGGGCGCGGCGAUGAUUGGGGCUGCAAGGGAGAUAGGGGGGCAAGCGAAGAGUGGGAGGGAUAUUAGGUGGGUAGUUGGAAGCGGGGAGGAGUUUGCGGGGUUGGAGGGGUUGGAGAGAGGGAGUGUUGACUUAAUUACUGUUGCUAUGGCGGUACAUUGGUUUGAUAUGAAUAAAUUUUGGGCGCAGGCUGCAAAGGCGCUGAAGCCUGGUGGAACAGUAGCUAUAUGGACACGUGCAUCCCACUAUCCUCACCCCUCCACCCCCAACCGCGACGAAGUCAUUCGCAUAUUCCUACAUUUCGAGCGUGACAUUCUAGCCCCCUACGAGCUUCUCCCCAACCGUCUCUCCCGCAACAUGUACGACCAGCUUCCAAUCUCCUGGAAUAUCCCACAUCCCAUCCCCUCCACCAUACUGCCCUUAUCGCAAUUUCUCAAACUCGACUAUGACCGUGAUGGCAUAUUGUCCGAUCCAGCAUCUAAUGAUUUUUUCGGCGGCGGAAGAGAAAUCACGCUUCAGCAAGCGGAGAAGGGAUUAGAUACCGCUAGCAUGGUUACGAGAUGGAGGGAAGCACAUCCUGAGGAAGCGGGCACCGAGAAGGACAUCGUGAAACUACACAUAGAAAAAUUAAGAAAAGCCAUGGGCGGAAAAGAAACCAUGGUGACUGGAAGUAGCACCACCAUAAUUUUGGUCAAGAAAGCCCUUGAGACGGGAAUUUCGACGAGUAUCUAG